UGGUGUCCAAGGUACCUAAAUCCUUGCCCUGUCGCCAUACACCAUUUGUCCCGCAACAGGUGUCCCUUGAUAUCGAGUUACUGAGACGGGGGCAUAGCUCGUGGCAGUAUGAGUCCGACGCGUCCUGCGCCGACAACAUCUGAACCUUCGUCAUACGGCAAAGUCAUUUCCAAGCCCCGUCCUCGUUUAGAACCCUCGCCUUUACCUCUGCAGCCCAUAAAGAAUGUAUCUUUGGGCCAAGACCGUGCCCUGAAUCCGGCCUCUGCCAAGUCACACAAGCCCUCACCCACGAAACCUGUCCGCGGUUCGAGUAAUUUGUUUUCUGGACGUGGGAAGCUAGGAUUUGUUUCUAUCACCGCUCCUCCCCCGCCAGCGUUUACAACAGAUUCCCCGUCUAAACGCCCAUCCUUCGCAUACCACCACACUGCUGCAACUGCGUCAUCUUCAAUGCCCCAAUCCGCUUUAUUCACGACCUUCUCUACAGUGAACACCGGGAAAAAUUCACCAAAGGAAGCCCGAUCUCCAGAUGAACCCAAUAGCGAUAACUUUGCCGACUUUCCGGAACCUUCAUUCAUAUCUAAGCCUCCUCUGAAGAGGACGCUUAUGGAAGCGGCGCCGCUGAAGGAACGACAAACAAAAAAGCAGAAGCGCGAGUGUUCUUAUAGUACGCGCUUACCGGAACCUCAUGAAAUGCCCACCAUAGAAGAUGAUGGCACAAAGCCUCCUUAUAGUUAUGCGACGCUGAUCGGCAUGUCUAUUCUCCGAGCACCCAACAGGCGAUUAACAUUAGCGCAGAUUUACAAGUGGAUCUCAGACACAUUUUCGUACUACAAAAAUAGUGACCCAGGCUGGCAGAACAGUAUUCGGCACAAUCUCAGUUUGAAUAAAGCGUUUAUCAAGCAAGAACGGCCGAAGGAUGACCCAGGUAAAGGCAACUACUGGGCCAUUGAACCUGGCAUGGAAGCACAGUUCCUCAAAGACAAGCCGCUGCGUAGGGCGACCAUGUCUAGUCUCCCCCUCCCGGCAGUGCCUCCGAAGGAAAAUGCACAGUCGCAAUGCUCACGCACGACUACCUGGGCAGUCCCGCCACCUACGUUACAAUCGGCAGCAAAGCAAUCAAAACCGGUGGAUCUAUCCUCAGACGCCACACUCCCGGCUUCUGAUCCUGCUCUUCAGGAAGACACGAGUGAUGAACAUCAUAACCCUCCUAUGCCGCAGACUCUUGGUCCCCGUUCUUCUCCACUCCAGCCCAUACACUCAUCGCCUCCUGUUGUGCCACCCCGUUACACCCGGCAAGGGACCCCCCCAACACCGUCCCAGCCUAUCACAUCGUCGGGUAUUAUCUCUAUAUCCAACAAGAGGAAAUCAAACGCAAUGAAUGAUAGCGGAUACUUUUCAUCGCUGGAGUCUUCCGCUAUGCGGCCAAGCAAGGCUGCGCAUAUCUUGACUUCAGAUUUGGAUAUCGAUCCGCCUCGCAUUAAACGUGGCCGGGCAGAGGAGGAGAUUGCCCGGAUUCGAAGUUCGUCCCAUGACCUUAGCCCAAGUCAAUGUGGCAUCUUGAAGGAUUCAGGAAUGAUUGUCGGGUCCUCUCCACUCCGCGGUGAAUACGUCAGCAUGCUACCCCCUCCCAUUACGCCUAUCAUUAAAUUUAAAAAACCUGCGAAGCCACCGCCUUCGGUAUCACCGAACACCAAUCUUCGAAAUCACCGCAAAAAAAUCCAACAAAUGGUCAAUUCUCCAAUCAAGCAUCUGGGUCUCACUGACGAGGAUCUCCCAUGGAGCCCAGCCUUCAAUAUUCAAGAUGAAACAUUCACGCCAAAUGAAAAUCUUCAUACAAGCUUCGACGUUUUUGCAGACUCCGCCACAGACAAUGUCUCGACAUCAGCAUACGGGUCGCCAGAGAAGCGGUCUGCCAAGCGCACCCGAACAGAUGUUGGCGGGUCAAAUGGUAACAUACUCGCCGAUAUCACGGCUAUGAAUGUCAACAAUAGGUUGGGUGUGCAUUCAUUGCAGUCAUCGACCAAAGCAAAAGGCCUUCUUUUUCCCGAGUCGCCCUCCAAGAUGCCCGACUCAGGGCGAUAUCUUGAUUCUGCGCAUGAAGAUUUCUUCUCGUUUCAUCUAUUUGAUGAAAGCCCUGGGGAAGUUGACGGUGUGGAUCUCCUUCAAGGAUUUCAGAAGAUUGGGGGUGCGAGCAAGGAAGAAUCAAGGUCUAAACCUUAUCCACCAAGGCCUCCGUGUAGUCACCGAAGCAAUACAUCGCUGUUCUGAUGCUCAGGACGCAUGGGUUUGAGGAACGAAUGGCAAGGAAUAAUAUUAAGGGAGAACAAACCCUAGCGGAUCAACGCCCAAACAUUACUCGAUAUUUCAGUCAGCGCCUAGGGAGUUUGGGUAUUUUCUAUUUGGAUGGCGUACUCUGACAAGCUACCGGGUUUCGUGGGUAAGAAUUGGGUUUUCAUGCAUGUUUUUUGUGUGUUCGUUUCGGUUUUGAGCACUUUGGAUUCUAGGAGUUUUUUCCUUUUUGGGUUGGUUGGGUGGCAGUCGGGUUUGACAUUUACCGGGCCUGGGAUGACCUUGUUACGACCUUUAUGACGACAUUUGGUAAGAUGUACAUGAGUAUGUGAUGUCUAAACGAACCUGAAAUUGUGCCUUUUGCCUGCGUGCUGAUUUGAUAUUUCUUGCUUGUU